UACCCGUAUAGGUUGUUUGAAAGCACGACAGAUAUUAGAAAACUAUUUGGUGGUUGCGUCGGCAUUCAAUCAUAAACGUUUUGAUCGAUCUCGCGAUAUCCACGCGCGGCACCGACUCGCCAAAGUCGCAUCUCCAAGGGACAGGCUCGAGCCAUCCAACCGCACGGCAAGUUCCUCUACUCCAUCAACGGAGAACGGAGAAUGCCACCAAAACGCCCUUCGAGCGCGACUGAGACUCCUCACGCCAAGGUGACGAAGACUGAGCACUUCACGCCUGACGAUUUCUCGAACUCGGUCAAGAAGAGGCUCCAGAGCUCCACCAGGACCGGGCAAGCUUGCGACCGAUGCAAGGUUCGUAAGAUUCGUUGCGAUGGCCUUCCUGGAGGCUGUUCAGCAUGUCUUCACAAUAAUACCGAAUGUCGAACGACAGACCGUAUUACCGGUCGAGCAACAUCGAGGGGUUACGUUGAGUCCCUCGAGGAACGACUUCGGGAUAACGAUGCACGAAUAAGAGAGCUGGAAGACCGCCUCAUUGCCAUGGGGGUUGAGGUCAAACCUGCUGAUGGAUAUCAUACUCCAAAUGAUGCACCCACUUUAGAUUGGAGCCAGGCCGGGAAUCCAAAUGUUGCGCAUAUAUGGGCACCUGCCCUCGCUGGCAAUCCCAAUGCAGGUCUGAUGGCAUACGCACCGGGGACGCCACCGGCCCCUGAGACUCGGCCUCAGGAGACAAACAUUUUCCGUGCCUUGCCAGUUUUCCGCACCGGAUGCAACGGAGACAAUUAUCUCGGCGUCUCCUCAGGAAAUUCUUCCUUGAGUUCCAUCCGCGGCACGGCCUUGUCAGUUCUCGGCAUGGAGAUUGACAUUGCCGAUUUUACGUCCAACGAUAUGGAUGAGCCAGCUCCUUCUAUAUUUCAGCCGGAACUUUACAACAAGUCCUAUCAGAGCUUCCUCCAGUCUGCGUUGAACAUCAACACGAAGAUUGAUAAAGUAGAGCUUCCAGCCAAGAUUGAGGGCGUCACCUAUGUCGAUUGGUACUUCAGGGUCAUGAAUCCGUAUCUUCCGAUCUUGCACAAGCCGACAUUCAUGACAUUGCUUAACAGAAUCUACGAUGAUCCGGAAUUCAGGCCUUCGCCUGCCGAGACUGUCAUGGUCCAUAUGCUCUUCGCAAUAAUGUUUUUCCAAUAUGCGGCCCGAAACUGGGAGGAUGCUUCUCAGCAAUCGGACUUGAACAGUCGCUCCAAUCUGCACUAUCACUAUGCCCUUGGGUUUUUUUAUCAAUUGAUGUCCGGGCAUACGCUUCAGGAUAUCCAAGCGUUGACACUGAUUUGUGCCCACCUCCGGACCUUUCCAAAGCCAGGGGCGAGCUGGAUGGCUACAAGCCUUACCAUGACACUUGCUAUUGAGCUCGGUCUUCACAGAUCAGCGAAGAGAUGGGGCCAAACCGACCAGCAGAAAAAUUUACUGGAAAUUGAGAUGCGGAAGCGCAUAUUCUACUCCGUCUUGGCCAUUCUCGUCAGCCUCAGCGGCAAAUUGGGUCGACCGAUGCCUCUGCGUAUCGAGGACUUCGACGUAGAGCUUCCUGAAGCAGUUGAUGACGAUCUGCUCUCGGAAGCAGGUCUUGAUACCUCGAAGCCAGGUAGAUGUAACUUUGCUGUAGGUGUCGAGGCCUUUAAGAUCCUCCCAAUUUUUAUCGAACUUUACUCGCACAUAUAUGCCGUUAGGCGAUCGCCCCAGACCUAUGUCGAGACUGUGCGACGAUUGGAGACUAAGCUUCAGAGGUGGCAAGAUCAGCUACCGGUCGAGCUUACGCAACCAGCUAGUUCGGAGAAACAGGAAGGUCGUGUUUUUGCUAUCUAUCUGGACAUGUGGGCUCUAGAGCUUCGACUCCUCUUGCGACACCCUUCUGUCUCGCUCACUGCAUCUCCUGAAUUCAAUAACGAAAAUCUUGACGUCUGUCUCAAAUCUGCGCGACAGAUGCUGCAUAACAUGAGACAGCUCCAGAAGUACAAGAGCUUGGAUACGACAUGGUACAAUAGUGCAGUCUACUUGAUGGCAAUCACAACCACCUUGUUCGUGGAAUGGGAGAAGCGAGACCAGAGAACGGCGGCUGAUUUGGCCUCUUUACGAGAGGAGAUGAAUUUUUCGCUAGACAUCCUAGGCGAUGUUGGUGGUGUCCUAGGAUCGGGCAAGCGUCUCCAAGAAGCCGUUCGUGUUGUCGUUGAUGGUACCCUUGCAAUGCUUUCGCGCAACCUUGCGACCAAGACCGCUUCCGCGGCGUCCGCUGCUGUUGCAUCGGCAGACCUUAAUCGGCCUUCUUCGCAUUCACCUACUCAGGGACAAGCCACACCUCCCAGUGGUGCCCCUUUCGAUGCGCAGGGCAGCUACUCACCGGGAUUCCCGGAUCAUGGCGACGGAGCGAAUACAGCUGCCAAUGCCGGUGCUAGAGGAAGCGCCUACAUUUCACCCGACGAUCCGAGCAUGACACAGACUCAGACACCAUACCCUGCAGCUGCGACUGCUCAAUAUUCCUACCCUGAGCCAUCCUAUCCUGCCCAGCCAGGGCCGUUUGACGCAAGUCCGUAUCCCAAUGCGCCUGAUGGAGGCUUGAACAACAUGUCUUCAGUCCAGCCCUCAGCAUCUCAGGGCUCUGCCAAUGCAUUCAUGUUUCCAAAUGCUGGUGGAAACCCUGCGUACCCGCCAGGCGGCAACUUUGGAGGUUCUCAGUCGUGGCGGCAGUGGACCGGUACGAUGGCCAACAAUCUCGAGCCGCAGGAGUAUCUUAAUUCAGCGAGUGCGCUGAUGCAGCUUGGUGGCCGCGAUGUUGGUCAAGCCGAGGGAGGCCCGAACCCAGCGCCGGUGGCAGACAUGACUGGAAACAUGGGUGGCGGUGACGUAAACGCUAAUGGAGGCAUGGGUGCGGGCGCUGGACAGCCUUGGCCACUUAUGAUCUUCGACAUUGGACAGGGUAACUCUUAAUGAUAUUGUGAUACACUUAUGUUUUACUUUCCUUGUUUCUGUCGGGCUGGCUGGAGGACGGCGGUAGUGGACGAUAGACUGCUUUAAUUAUUUAACAAGGCCGUUCUCUGCGCCGGAGGUAUGGUAGCAGCCUUUGCUCAUUCUUGCUGAUCAAACUCCUUCUUGUUGAGGAGUGAAAGUUCGGAAUUUGUCUCCUUUCAUUGCUUUUCCUUUCCCCCUCUGGGCUUAUCUCUGCUAUCAUUUUUUCCAUUUCCUUGGUCAUUACGGCGUAUAGCUUGAUUCACUUCCUGGGCGGCUCGGUGGAAUUUUAUACUAUUUCAGUGCAGUCUUCAACACGUGACUUG